AUGGCUGAAGCAUUAGUCACUAUUGCUGCUGAGGGGAUAUUGAAAAAGGUGUUGUCUAUUGCUGCGGGUGAACUUGCCAUUGCCUGGGGUUAUGAAGAAAAGCUGACCAGCCUUCACAGAACAUUAGACCUGAUUCGUGCCAAGUUACGUGAUGCGGAGCGAAAAAAGGAAUCAGAGGUUGUGAUGGUGUGGCUGAAGCAGCUAAAAGGUGUUGUGGGUGAAGCUGAUGAUGUGUUGGAUGAGGUUGAUUACGAAAUGCUGAGGCGUCAAAUAAAGAAACAAGAUCAGAUGGCAAGAAAGGUAGUGUGCCUUCCAAGCUUGAAAAGGUUUUCCUUUCGUUAUAAAAUAGGUCAUAAAAUCCAAAACAUCAAUGAAAAGUUGCUUAAGAUGAAUACAGAAGCAAAUAGUUUAGGACUACAAUAUGAACACCCUGUUGGCCCUGUUCUAGAUCGUCUCUAUUGGAGAGAGACUGUUCCAAAUCAAGAAGAAUUUAAAAUUGUUGGGAGGGAUAAUGAUAAGCUCCAUAUCAUUGAACUUUUAACUAUAUCAAAAAAAGAAGAAAAACUUAGCAUUCUUCCCAUUGUGGGAAUGGGCGGGAUUGGGAAGACCACUUUGGCUAAGUCGGUCUACAAUGAUAAAAAGAUUGAGCAACAUUUUGAUGUUAAAGCAUGGUUGUGUGUGUCGGUUAAGGUUGACAUCAAUACACUUCUUGCAAAGAUCUACGAGUCUCUUGUCAAAAAGAAACCUACCUCGGACUUAAGGUCCAAUUUAAUUGAAAGCCUUAAAGAGCAGUUGGCAUCAAAAAGAUAUUUGCUCGUGUUGGAUGACGUUUGGGUCGAAGAGAGGCCAUACUGGGAAGAAUUUAGGACUUGUAUGCUAAAUGUAAGCUCACAAAAUGGAAGUGGCAUUCUUGUCACUACACGGAAGCUUGAAAUCGGAACUCAUGAUAUGCACAUGGAUUCGUGUCUUUUAAAAGGUCUUUCUGACGAUCAUUGUUGGGACAUCUUCAGAGAAAGAGCGUUUGUUGCAGGCACUUCAGCGUCACCAGAACUGGUGAAGAUAGGCCGCGACAUUGUAGAAAAAUGUGGUGGUUUACCGUUGCUAUUAAAGGUAAUAGGUGGCAUGUUGGCACAUUACAAUGACACAGAGAAGUGGUUGUCCAUAAAAAAUAGCAAGGUUUGGGAUCUGGAAGAAGAAAGAGAUAGAGUUCAAAAGAGUUUGGAACUGAGCUUUGAUAAUCUCCCCAAUUCUAUUGUUAAGCAAUGUUUUGUAUAUUGUUCCAUCUUUAAGAAAGAUACGGUGAUGGAAAGGGAAGAACUGGUCCGACUUUGGAUGGCUUUAGGGUUGGUUCAAGCAGAUGAGGAAAGAAACAAGGAGAUGGAGGAUGUGGGGAAUGAUAUUUUUCAAAUUUUGGUCAGCAAUUCUUUGUUCCAAGAUGUUGAAAGGGAUGAGUAUGGUCACAUCACUCGUUGUAGCAUGCAUGAUCUGGUGCAUGAUCUUUCAUUAUCACUUUCAAAACAUGAAAGCUUAUGUCUGGAGGAUGCGACAAAUGAUGAUAUUGCAUGUAUCCCUCUUGUUAAACAUCUCGCCUUUUACGAAAAACAGAACAUUGAAUUGGUAGCAGAGGUUUUUAUGUUCAUUGAAAGGAAUAUAGUGGCUAGAACUUUGCGUACAUUGUUCAUCGAAGGUGAAGUUAAUAUGAAAUUUCCAUUUCAACGAUUAAAGUGCAUACGAAUCCUACAACUCAAAUGUUAUUUAAUACGGGAGUUAGACGAUUCAAUUGGAAGGUUGGUGCAUCUCAGGUAUCUGGAUUUGAGAUAUACGAGAAUCCGUGUUCUUCCGGAAUCUAUUGGUAAAUUAUACUACUUGCAAACUCUGAAGUUGCCUGAUGACAUUGAGCAGUUUCCAGAAGCCAUGAGAAAUUUGAUAAGCCUGCGAUAUUUCCAGUGUGACAAAAACAUUCCUGCCAAUAUCGUAGGACAACUGACUUCUCUUCAAACUUUGCCUUGCUUCAUAGUGCUUAGAAGGAAGAGACAUGGUAUAGAAGAGCUACGCCAUUUGAAUAACCUUAGUGGAAGGCUUCGUAUCUCCAAACUAGAGAAUGUUAGGAGCAAAGAGGAUGCUGUCAAGGCAGACUUAUCCAGAAAGAAAAAUUUAUACGAGAUCGAAUUGGAAUGGAGUCGGGACCGUGGAGCUGCCAACAAAAACGAGAAGGAUGUAUUGGAAGGCUUGCAACCCCCACGAGAUUUAAACCUAUUGAAAAUUAACAAUUUUUGUGGUGAUAAUUUUCCAGAAUGGGUAAUGAGGAUGGCAAUCGAUAUCGAAGGGAAAUGGACGCCCCUUGAUAAGCUGGUGGAGAUCAGAUUAUAUGGCUGUAGGAGCUGCCUCUCUCUUCCGACGCUUGAGCACCUGCCACAUCUUCGGGAUCUUGUGUUAAUAGGAAUGGACAGCUUGACAUGCUUAAGGAGUUCCGAUGUUACUAGAUGA